CAUGCGUGAUAGUGUUAAGUGACGUCAUCCACAGGAGAAACUUUGCGUUGAAGAUCUGUAGCAUUCCCAAAACAUUCACAAUGUCAUACGCAUAUCUAUUUAAAUAUAUUAUUAUCGGAGAUACAGAGUAAUGGUAUCAAGCUAGGACCCCAGCAUUCCCCAUCAAGUCCGAGUGGAGCGCCAUCUGGAGGCAGUGGUGGAAACCAAGGCGGUGGCUGCUGUUAAGUGAAAAGAACUGAAGAUGUUUUGUUUUUCUAAAAGAUGUCAAAACUGUGACUGCAGUAAGCUGCCGUGCCCCUGAAUGUGCAGAACAACAGGCAUACAUUACAGUUGAUGGAAAAGCUGCAUAAGGGUUACUGUGAGGGCAUUCAGAACUAAGGAUGAAAGAAAAGAAAUUAUUGAUAAAAAUUUUUGGAAGACAUACCAGUUAUUACAGAUCAAAAUAUGAUGGAGGAAUGUAAAUUCUGCAUUUUGAAUAUUUCUUCUUACAACAAAAUGUCAGUUGUAAUGUGAGUUACAAUUGCUGAAGACAUUUUACCAUCCCCAACCCCCACUCCCAAAAGGAGGGGAUAGAAAAAGUUUAGAAAUAAUGACAAUUAAACAAAUUUUGAAUAAAAAACCACAUUUUAGAAAUA